AUCAGUAAAAUAUAAUCGUAUAUGUUAUUUUACAAAUUGGGGUGCACAUAGAUCAAUAAAAGAAUCACGACUUUAUCCAGAAGAUAUUCCAGCAGAUUUAUGUACACAUAUAUUAUAUGCAUUUGCUAAUCUUAAUGGUGUAUCAUUACAACCACAAUUAAGAAAUGAUAUUAAUGUUGAUCAAGGCGAACAGCCACUUUAUCCACGUAUUAUGAAAUUAAAAGAACAAAAUCCUGAUUUAAAAAUCUUGAUUUCAUGUGGCGGAUGGGGUAAAGCAAGUGAAUUUGAUUCGUUAGUAGGAUCGGAAACAUCAAGAGAAACAUUUAGUAACAAUGUUAUUACAUUUUGUCGUCAAUAUGGUUUUGAUGGAAUUGAUUUAGAUUGGGAAUUUCCAUCAGCUGAUCAUCGUGAACGUUUUGGAUUAUUAACUAAAACAAUGUAUAAAAUAUUUAAAAAAGAAGCAAAAAAAUCGAAUAAAGAUCGUUUAUUAAUUAGUUUAGCUGUAGCAGCUGGAAAAUAUUUAAUUACGAAAGGUUAUGAUGUACCUGUUUUAUGCAAAAAUGUCGAUAUGAUUAAUGUUAUGACUUAUGAUUUGUAUGGUGGAUGGUAUAAUAAAAUUGGUCAUCAUAGUGCUUUAUAUCAUCGAUCUGGUGAAACAGGCAUGGAUAGAGAAUUAAAUACAAAUAAUUCAAUGUAUAAUUGGAUUGAAGCAGGUUGUUCACGAAAACGUCUGAAUAUUGGUAUACCAGGCUAUGGUCGAGCAUUUACAGCUGAUGGAAAAGAUCCAUUCAAAGCAUUGGGACAAAGUGGAGGUGGUUCAGGUUCAGUAUCAUCACCUUAUCUUGGUGAAAGUGGUUUAUUAACGUAUUUCGAAAUUUGUAAGAAAGAAUUAAAAGAAGGUUUUAAACGUUAUUGGCAUAAACAACAUGAAAUUCCAAUUAGUUUUAAAGAUGGAACAUGGAUUGGAUAUGAUGAUCCAGAUAGUGUACGAAAUAAAUCGAAAUUUUCAAGUGUAAAUAUGUUAAACGUGAAGGUUUCGGUGGUGCAAUGGUUUGGACAUUAG